GUCGCUGUCCAAGGUGCUGAAAGUCGGAGCGCUCCCUCCUCAGUCUCGCCUGCAGACGAUAAAAAAUAAAAAACGACUUGAUUCAGUCUGCGAGGGUUCAUUUUUUUUAUUCUACUCAACUUCAACCCAUGUGGAUGUGUUUUUAUUUUUAGCGCAACCGCUGGAUGUAAAGGCUACGCAGGCUACACCUCGUGCAACAAGACUGGCCGCUUCUGAAAUUCACGUGAAUCGUUGGGGAAUAUUGGAGUCUCAGGGAUUACUACAGAGGAUCUUCUUUUCUCGGUCGCUGCUUCUCUGCGUCUCCGCAUCGCAUGUCUGGACGUGAACUGUCAUAUCGUCUCCGAAAGGUGAGUGUGAUGAGGAUGAUCAUGAAGCAGACCUACUUUUACGUGGAUUUCAUUUCCUUUCGCGCUGGAGAGAGGGAACCGUAUUUCCAAAAUGCUGGUGUCUAAUUGCUUUUAAACCCACCAUCACGGCCGAGGGGAACGGAUAAUUACGCGUUGUGGAGUCUGGUGAAUUUACCCUGUGGAUAAAGUGAAGUUUCCCCCCAAAAAAACGGCUUAGCGACUAUCUGCGAUCUGCUCUGGACCUCGAUGUGUCGGGCUCUCUGGCUUCCUCUUAGCAGAUACGGAGCAAUUUCGACGCGCACAUUUGCUUGAGUGGCGAGGAUAAUGAAGUGCAGGACGGAUCCGGAGAGGCUCCCCGGCGCUUAGGGAUGACAUCCUCGCCGUCUCCUUGAAUGUGGAUUUCGAUGCCGAGGCGAAGCAUGGGCCCUCUGGUCUCGCUCGCCUUCAUCCUCCUCCCCCUCCUCCUGCUGGCCCUGGGCGCCGCGUCCCCGGCCUCGGUGGGCAACCCCGAGGAUUACGCCGCCGACGAGUCGGAGCGAGGUGCCGGCGACAACAUGGUCUUCGACGACUACCGCGGGAAGGGCUGCGUGGACGACAGCGGCUUCGUGUACAAGCUGGGGGAGCGCUUCUACCCGGGACACUCGAACUGUCCGUGCGCGUGCACGGAGGACGGGCCCGUGUGCGACCAGCCCGAGUGCCCGAAACUUCAUCCCAAGUGCACCAAGGUGGAGCACAACGGAUGCUGCCCCGAGUGCAAGGAGGUGAAGCACUUCUGCGAGUACCGGGGGAAAACCUACAAGAUUCUAGAAGAAUUCAAGCCGUCGCCCUGCGAGUGGUGCCGCUGCGAACCGAACAACGAGGUGCACUGCGUGGUGUCCGACUGCGCCGUGCCCGAGUGCGUCAACCCCGUGUACGAGCCGGAGCAGUGCUGCCCCAUCUGUAAAAACGGUCCAAAUUGCUUCGCCGGAACGACGAUCAUCCCGGCCGGAAUCGAAGUGAAGGUGGACGACUGCACCAUCUGCCGCUGCCACAACGGAGACUGGUGGAAGCCGGCGCAGUGCCUGCGGCGGGAGUGCCUCAACGGCCAGUCGCUGUCGUAGAGAGACUCCGCCGGGGACGGUGGAAAAGCUCAGGCGAGGCCCUGCCCACUGCGCCAUUUUGUAUGAUUGACAGGGCAGGAGCACAAUUCCCAAGCAAGCGGAGGCGUCGCGGCAUCGAGGAGAUGCCCCCACAAGCUUCACACAAAUGUGGUUUUUGGCCAGUGAGAAGGCGACGGGACUGGUCCCACGGCGGCUUCCACCCUCUGGUUCUAUUCACCGGUUUUUCUGAAGUUGACUCGCUUGACCUGCUGCUCUCGUGAAAAGUUUUUGAGCUCCUUGAACUCUUUCUGAACCAUAAGCACUGUUAUAUUGCUCACGUUGAUUUCUGUGUGUACAGUGGCACAAAAAAGGUAUAUGAGCGACUUUACUUUGUCAUAAAAUGUGAUCUGAUCUUCAUCCAAGUUGUGUUUUGCUCAAUCAUUCACGGCAAUGCUGCAAAAAAAAGGUGAACCCUCCCAACUAAUUAUUGGUCAAACCUUCUUCGGCAGCAAUGAGUCACACAUGAGGCAAUUUAAGAAAAGUUUAAGACUACUUCCCCCACAAAAGCUUUCUGCUCAGCCAUAUUUUACAGGCUGUGUGGUGUUAACUGCCCUCUUGACAUCACUUUACAGAAUCUUCCAUUAUUUGUUUUUUGCUGGGAUGGAUUCCGUCCAUAGUCCCCCACCUGAGACCUUCACACAUGCUUCUAGCGAUCAACAAAUGAAAUCAGAAAUUUAGGCCAUUUGUCGACACUAUACAGAAAUACAUAGAAUUCCCACUGGAGCAGCACUAGAAGAAGCCUCCAGCAGAACCAGGCUCGGGGGUGGGUGGUCAUCUGCCUCAGCUGGUUGGGGUGAGGUGUCAGGAAUCGAAACGGCUCAUGUUUGAUCACAGUUCUAGCUUCGAUUGAGAUCAGGUAAUAUUUUAUGGCUUUUUUUUCCACAUUACUUUUUCUUGCCACUGUAUGUCAAGCUGCUUGUUGUACACGUCUAUCACAAUCACGCGGGUGUUGUAAAAGUCCAACAGCAGGAAAACAAAGUAAGCACACUAACCUGCGCUGUCGUUAUCAUGCCAAUGUUGCCACCGGUGAAAGCGCCGCAAGACACGCGUUUGAGAUUCACUGUUUCAUUCCUAAAAGCUUGUUUACAAAAUGCACAUCACACAUAAAUGUUUGUGUCUUCAUAAAACGUCUUAUUGCUAUGGCAGGAACUCACUAUUAACAUCUAGCUAAGCCACUGUAAAAACCCCAAAAUGCUCAUUUAAUUACCCAUCAUGCCACUGGUUUGAGUCAAAGGUUAAUACUGGAGAAUUAUGUGGAAGGUGGCAGCCAAGAACAAGAGGUUUUAUAUUAAAGCUGCAGCACUGCAUCAACACAACAACUCCGGACAUUCCCUUCAAGCUCAGUCAUCGUGAUUGGUUUCUCUCAGAGGUCCAUAUCCUCCGAAAUAUUCCCACUAACUAACUGCUUGAACUUGUUAUCAAAGCAAUUAGCGAGCCACGAGCAGCCCGCUUUAAUUUCCCUUAAUCAAGGAGUAUUCUGUGAUAAAUCAUCCAGCUGGGUGCUUGGCACUGCUGCAGCCUGCAUGCUGGGCACACUAAACAAGAAGCAGCAGACAAAAGCGGGAAUCUGCAUAUGUCUAAAAGCUUUUAAGCCACAAUCACAUACACAUUGUUGGCGUGAGCAUAUCCAAGGACGCCAUUAAUCUAGGCUCAUAGGCGCCAAGUGCUGAUGCGCGCACGGUGAAGCACUUAAACCGGUGAGGCUUGUUAAGAGACAAAUUAGGUGCGUUACCCCACAGCUCCCACUAUAUCCCACCACAGUACGCAGCAGAUUUCCAGUUCAACCACCCCCAAAUGUUUGAACAGCCUGUCCGGUGCCGUGCGGCUACAGGCGGAGCUACAGCAUAGAGACAACUUAAUGUAUUGCCUUGAUAUUUCCCCAGACUAGAGUGGUCCUCAAGCAGCCCGAUCGUAGAGAAAAAGUACUAAACCAAGGCCCAAAACAUGAUGUUUGUGAGAUGAUAAAUACUGGUCAUUAAUUCAAAGGUGAAUUCCAGUAGGGUCGCCCCAUUUAUCAGCAGAAUUUUUUCCAUUUCCAGAGAAUCAGUUCCUGUUAACCUUUUUUACCCCGUUCCUGGGUGAUGAUGGAUGGGCUGCUUAAUAGCGGCUUCCAGGACUCUGUAAUGAGACAGAAAUGAGCAGAGGAUAAAGACCAAUGACUAAAGAGGUAAGUUACCUUUAAAAGGCAAUAAAACUGGUUUUGGGGAGAACCUCGAGAUCCCCAAAACUCGCUGCUCAGCCUUUAACCGCAGCCGCUGGAUGAAAAGAUGGGGGUGGAGUUCAAUCUUAGGUGCAACAAUGGACCCGGGAUCAAUUUCAUCAUUAAGCUACCGUGAUUUAGGGUCUUUCAAGGUGGAAUGACACAGCUCAUCUAUCUGGCCUGACUCUGGCGACUCAUAAAACAAAUACUGACAUCUAUGGUUUAUCAAUGACAGCCUUGGUUCUUCAGACAUUUUAGGAUUAAUAAAAAAGCAUCGUUCAUCCGAAUGACUCCAAAAGUCAGAAUUAUUCAACCUCUGCACGAAUCCCAAACAUAUAUUGGAGUUACUUCACUGGGUAGCAGCAGAAAAAGCUGGAGUGAGUGUGUGAAGUUGACAGGGCUCACAGGCAUUGCUGCCACCACAGAUGCCUUACUGGUGCCGUUCCACAGGAGACUCACUAAGCACGGCCUUUUGCUUCACGCUGUACGAAUGGCCCAGACGCUCCUCUGUGCUAUCGUUUACUGAUGUGCAUUGGCCCGAACCAGUUGUUUUACCCUAAACAUUCCAGUAACAGCCAGCAUACUAAACUAGGAGCAAGAGAAAACGGACGGUUCAAUCACAGCAGCAUUUUUGAUGGAAGUAAAUGGAGAAUUUGCAAAAAUAGCAAAAACAGGCGACUUGAUCUUUCUGACAUUGCAACUAAUAUCGCCGGAUGGAGGAGUGGGGGCAAGAUCAGGCUGCGGGUUGGAGGAAAUAAAAACACAUUUUUUUCCCAUUAUAGUAUUCGAGAUGCUAACGUUGAGUGGGACUGUACCGGUGCACGCUCGCGUCACAUAUCCUGUUCCCUUCGAGAACUAAACGCGGUGAGUUUGGAUCCGCAUGGAUUAAAAUAUGCUGGAGAGAACGGGCUGCGGUUUAAAAACAGAAGGGGCUUUUAUGCGGAACCAGGGGCAAUUACAUUUCGCCUCGCAUAAACGUGAAGUCGCACAGUUUCAAGGACAAAUCAGCAGCAGAGUCUGUCUUUGUUCGUUUUCUGCCAAGUAACUCGCGUCUUCAUGUCUGUCUGUGAAUGUCAGUUCAAAUGACCUGAUCUGUCCCUCCACCAUUCAAACCACAGGCUUGUACAUGGGCGUUUUGCAAAGGCAAACCAUUUGUUCUUUCCGUGAGACACCGACUUACUGUAGCUGGAAACUAUGAAAGAUUGUUUUUUUCUUUGUUUUUUUUUUCCUCAGCAACAAAACUGUUACAUAAAGUGUGCCUGAAAACCAACAGAGUACUAUCUGGAAUAGGAAGAGAGAAACAUUUAUUAUACAAUGAUGUAUUAUUUUUUACGGGGCACCAAGGGUCUGUUCAGGCAGCACUUGAAAGUGUUCUAUCAAAUUUAAUAUUUAUGUUUAAAAUCAAGAGCAUCUUUGAUUGUAUUUAAAUAAAUGCUCACACAGGUUCACCUUUGACGGUAGGAAAGGAUAAAGCGUCCAAAUUUCAAAGAGUUAAACAACCCUUGGUGCUCCUCAUGUUGUUUAUAUGUAAAUACCUUCAAACAUAUAAUGUGUAUUCUGAAAUCCGAGGUGGAGUAAAAAAAAAAAAAAAAAAAAAAAAAAAAA